UUCCAGAUAUUCGGGGCACGGCAACACGAACCGUAUCUAUCAUGUCGGUUCCUAUUUAAGACCAGCAGGAUGUCCACGAGCACCGCCACCGGUGGCGGAGGCGGGGGCGGUGGCGUCGGAGGCGCUCUAACUCUGAUGGGCUGCGUCAGGGAGGCAUCGCCGCCUCCCCAGAACCAUCAUCAUCAUCAUCAGCAACAUCGGACGCUCGGCCUUGGGGAAUUCUCCGCCCAGAACAGCGUUGAUCCGCUACCGAAAGAGCCGAAGAAACGGCGCUUUCAUCCACUGAGAGGCUUAAGGAAAAUCUUCCGGCGGAAAAGCCGGGGUGCGGCCGAUGCCAGAUUGGUCUCCAGCCAUGUGGACAGGGACGCGGAGCUCGCGCGACUCCCGAGGGAGGAUAUCACCGACAGACAUCCCGCGGGCCGGCCGGAAGAAGCUCGCAGCCGAAGCGCUAGCGAGCUGCUCACCGACUCCUGCGAUCGGGAAAGCGUGUUCCUCAGGAGGCCGGGGAUGGACGAAUCCUUCGUGAAGCUGCGAGGAGGAGCCGGGAAACUGUCCGUGUCGCACGACAGCGUUUUCCCUGGGGAGGUUCCGCACACACGGCCGCUCUCGUCGUUGGCCAGCCUAGCCACCCUCGAGCGACGACAAACGAGGAAGAGCAACGAAAUCGAGCAAAAGGACUACAAUCAACACGUUGUGCAGAGGCACAGGAUAUCAUUGCGGGUGCUCGAGCAAAUAAAGACGGUCAUAGAGAACCGGAACCAGCUAGCCACGGCGGCCUCGUCGGACACCGCGGCCGGCACCACCGCGCACGCUGUCGGUGAACGUUAUCAGCAGGAAACCGCCGAGAACCGUUUCGUUAGUUACGAUGUCCAAGAUAGGAGCCAAGCUGAAGAGAGCCAAGCCAAGAACCCGAGAUCACCGAAGGAGUCGGUUGAUCGAGUUGCUCCCGUGGCCAAAGAAGACUUACCACAGCUAGAAAGCGCGAGCUUGAACCACACGGCGGCCCAUCACCGGAUUUCUGUGCGGCCGAAGAAUCGAAGGCCGCCGAGGCGCAUGGCCCCGCAGACAGCGAACACGUCCACGUCGACGAUAACGACGAUCACGGAGGACUCGUUGGACAGCAUGGAUCAGCAGCCAUCGAGCGUGACAAGCAACGCAUCAUCGCCCUCGGAGCCGAAAACCGUGGCCGUCACCCGGAAAUCGUCGAGCCGGCUGUCGCGUAACUCGGACAUCUUCGAGGAGCUGGAAUCGAAGCUGCCCAGGAAGCCUCCAAGCCUCGCGUCGCUGUCUCCCGACAGCCUGGACGCGAUCAGCGCGUCGGGAACCAGCGUGGACACGAACGAGGAGCAGCCAGAGGCUAAACAGGUCACCAGAAAGCCCUCGAAUCGCAUGCAGAAGGGCACGGAGAUGUUCGAGGAGCUGGAGUCGAAACUGCCGCGCAGGAGGUCCUCUAACCGGCUGUCGAAAUCCCCGGACAGCCUGGAAGUAGCCUCCAGCUGGUUCUCCAAGUCGACCGAGGGUUUCGACAUGCUGAUGGAAUACGAGGAGUCCAAGCCGGUGGUCAGGAGGCUGCUGAACCCGAUCUCGAAGUCGACCGACCGCGUGUCCAAGUCCUCGGACAGCCUGGAGGCGAUCGAGACGCUCACCAGCGACGAGUCGAUCGAGCGCAGGAGGAGCAGCUUCGAAUUCCGCGGGCGUAGAUCGUCGAAGAACAUAUCAAAAUCGUCGGAGAACUUCGACAUCCUCGAGCAAACGCUGCAGACUGGGCCGGACACGGUCCAAGAGCUGCAGAAGAGGAGCAGCGGAUCCGACAUCAAUCUAGCCAGGGGUAGGAGGCUGUCGAAGAGCAUCUCGAAAUCGUCGGAGAGUUUCGACAUGAACGAGGUUAGCGAGGCCAAAGACGAGGAGGAGAACGCGAGGGAUGGUUGCUUCGGGGAGGUCUGCAGGAGAUCGUCAAAGAGGAUGUCGUCCGAGAGUUCCGAUAACCUGGAGAUGGAGGACAGGCUGGAGAACAGGAGGAUCAGGAGGACACCGAAGAGAAUACCGAGCACCAGUUACGUGGACAUCGUGCCCGCCGAUGAGCAGGAAGAGGAGAAGAGACCGGUGCCGGUCAGGAAGCCGUCCAGGCUUCAGAAGUCGUCCGAGAGCUCGGAGCUGGGUAGCACAGACACUUUGGACUCCGAGAGGAGAAACAAAUCUUCCGAGAGCACGGAGACUCUUGAUAGCUUGGAGAGGGACUUGGACCAAGAUAGGAAGCAAGAGGAAUCCGCCGACACAGUUUCGGAUAGACGUGAAAAGAACGAUUCCUGGAGCAACAAGAACAUCGUCGACACAGAACAGAUCUCCGUAGCAGACGGAACCGAGGACUCCAGGUCGCUGAUCUCGCCGGACAAGUUCUACUGGCGUCAAUCGUCGGAUUCAAAAGAGAACAUCGACAUCCACCAGCUGUUGGCCAUCACGAUAGUCACCAGAAUGGCGGACAACGGGAACAACCAGCGCGGCUCGAUCUACCCGAAGAAGAAACCGAUCACCGGUUCGCAGCCCACCUCACCGGUCGCCAAGCAGGAGGACAACAAGAUGAUCUUCGACAACCUGCUCGUCAGCAAGAACGACGAGGACCUACAGAACAUGCUGAACGGGAACAUCUCCGAAGUGUCCACCGACACGAAGAGCUUCAAGGAGAAGCUGAUCAUGUUCGAGAAGCUUGGCAAAUGAGCCGACGCAUUCCCGGCGAAUCGAAUUAAGGAGAAGCGCUUAAACAGAGACCAAACACAACUCAAUAAGAUCAAUUUUAAGAGUUCGAACACACCGAUCGAGGCGGCUUGAUUCCUUCACCGCUGGCUUGUUCUUCUACGAGCUUCCUUCGUGAAUCAAGAACAAGCGAGCACUCGCAGGAAUAAUCGAAAAACGCGCUCGACCGGUCAGCACGGUCGCGACAACGUUAAUAUCGUUUGCUGAAACACUUUUGUUUCAAUGUUUCCAUUGUUUCGAGAAACAAACGAUCGCAAAGAUAACAGUUCAUGCCCAUCGAACAUGUUCGAAGGUGGUUUGAACUCGUUUUAAUCAGGCGCGUUUGUAACGUUGCGUAACGCGUUCACGUCUGCUUCCGUUCUGUUCUGUGACAAAAGUCGCGUGUAGCAUCGGUGAAAUUACCGGAUUCGGUAAUGUUAGACCGCACUCACCGUGUUCGCGAUUGAACUCUUCUCGCGUAGGAGCCUAGCGUUUCGUGGAUCUUGUUGUACAGUAGCUUAGAGGCACAGAUAAAUGUCGUGUACCGUUCCGUUGUGUAAAUAAUACGAAAUGAAUAAUUAAACAAAAAAAGAUAUAUAUUAUAUAUAUAUAUAUAUA